AAUUUAGACAUUGAAAAAUGUGUUGAUAUUUCGGCCCUCAACAGUAAACUCAAUAAUUUCAAAAAGUCUGACGCAAUAUUUAAUAUUUAUAUAUUAAAAUCUUCGACUGUUUAUAUAACGAUUGAAGUAUUCCUUAAAAGUUUAAACCCAAGUCUUAUUACUAAUAAAAAAGUUCGAUAAUUGAAAUAUGUCGCAUAAGACCCUAAUAGAUUUCGUUGUGAAAUAUCAGUCUCCGCGAUUGCUCAAUAGUUUUGUCUUUUUUCCAAGCCAUGGAAAUUCGUUUCUGGGAAGAAGAAUAUCAUUUCCAGUGCCGGUUUCAUCUUCUACUCCACGAACUGAAUCAUCAAGACAGUUUAGUUCAAGUUCUAUGAAAUUAAGUACAGUUCCUCUGACCGUUGAACCAAAGAAAUUUGAAGGAAAAUUUCAACUUAUGUACACAUGUAAGAAAUGCAACACAAGAAAUGCCAAAUUUAUUACAAAACUUGCAUAUUACAAAGGAGUUGUCAUAGUUAAUUGUGAUGGUUGUGUAAACAGACACCUAAUUGCAGAUAAUCUGAAUUGGUUCACAGACAUGAAUGGAAAGAAAAAUAUUGAAGACAUUAUGGCAGAAAAGGGUGAAACAGUACAAAAAAUUAUGUCUGAUGACUUAGAAUUUAUUGCUAAAGAAAUUAUUCAAAAAGAGAAACCUGAUCUUAUAGCAUAAUCAUUACAUUCUGUUGUAGUAAAAUUAUUAUCUUAUUUCAAUUAAAAUGUGAUAAUAUCCUG